AUGUAUAUAUUUAGUUCCCAAUCUCACAUAUUUGUAUAAUACUUAAAUAAACAAAAAAUAUUUCAUGAUAUAUAAGAACAUGAUUUCAAUAUAAUUGAACGAACAGGACAGAAUUUUGUCUUGUCUUGGAAUGAAGAAACUUGUUGCAACAUGGUGUAAGACAUUGAUGUGAAAAUUAAACUGUAAUAAAAGAAAUUCUUGGCUUUAAAGUAUUUUUGAAAUGAGUGACUUAUCAGAGGACGAUAGUUCUGAUAGUAGCAAUGAAUAUUUGGUCGAUCCAGAGAAAAUUAAUUUAAAUUCCAGCUUUUUCACGAAAAAGAAUCCCGAUGAUGCAAUUGUGGAUAAAAUCAACACCGAUGAUGAAGACACCGACGACGAGGAUUUCGAGGAUAUCAACCAAACAGGCAAUAUUGAACUUUUCACCCAAGUUUUAAAAAACUUAGAACAUUCACAAAAACUCAAAUUCAAUGAUGAAAACGCUGAAAAAAAAGAAUCGCAUUCAGACUAUCCUGUGUUGCAAAAAAAAGAGGCACAAAAAGUGGAAAGUGAUAUAAAAGAUGUCACAUCAUCUAAUGAAAUAAACGAACUGUUGCUCCAAGGUGAGAGUAGUGUAAGUUCACCCUCCAAAAAGCUUUCUGUAAAUGGAAUAGCAAAGAACGAGGAAGAUGCAGAGCUUCCUAAUGAAUAUACUAUUCCAAAGGAUGGUGUCAAGAUUAUCUUACCAGGCACCAGUUUAAUGAUUAACAAAAAGAAAAAGGGAAAGCCAGAUCUGAAAGCAAUUUUGAGGAAACGAUUAAGAGAUACUCAGAUAUUAGUGGAGAAAGUAGGAUUACUCUGUUGGUUGGCUUAUGGAUUUCACCUGAACCAUCAGAUAAAUCAGCCUGAGAUAAUGGCUAGUGUGUUAUCAUUGAUUUCCACUUCUAACUAUCCAAAGAAGAGAAUAGAUCUUACAUAUUUAGAGAAGUUUACAAAAUGGUUCAAACAUAUGUUCACACUUGAGUCUGUUGAAAGCAAUGGCAACAAACAAAUAGACAAAGAAACUUUGUUAAAAAUACUGAAGGAAAAGAAGAUCUCAAAUUAUAAGGAAUUGGUAUUAUUGUAUAUUGCUACAUUGAGAGCUUUGGGUUUAAAUUGUAGAUUAGUUAUUUCUCUUUGCCCCCCUCAUCGGAUAUAUAAUGAUAACCCACUGUUUAAAUCAGACAAUAAGGAAUCUGAAACUGCAACAACAAGUAAAAGUACUACAACUAAAGGGAGAAGUUCAAAGAAAAAGGAAAGUAAAAAAGAAGUUUCUGAUGAAACUAAUGUAAUUAAGAAUAGCUCAGAAGCAACAAAAAAUGCUAAUUCAGAAGCCAAGAAGAGGGCAGCUAAAAUUUUACAUUCAAAAGUACAAAACAAGAGAGUUAAAAAAUCAAAUACUAAAAGUACUGAAAACAAAGAUGUAGCUCAACCCGCAGUACAAGAGAAAGGUCUGUCUAAUUUAAGACAAUUAAGAUCUCAUAAAAUUAAUACCACAAAAGUAAUGAACUCUACAGACAUAUCUUCAAAAACAGAUGACACAAAAUCAAAGUAUUAUAUAGAAGAUUCAACAGAUUCUGAAACAGAAUUUCAGCCUAAACCAAAACUGAAAAAGAAUAAUGAUAAAGAGGAAGUAUCACAAAGUUGUAAGAACACUAGGAAAAAAAAUACAAAAUUAAUAUCCUCUGAUAGCGAAGAUGAAACAAAUAAAACAAAAAGGAGGCAAGACAUUUGGGCUGAAAUAUAUUUAGAAUCAGAGGAGAGUUGGAUUUGUGCAAGCGUAAUGGAUGAAAAAAUUCAUUGUGUAACUGAAGUAUAUAAAAGAGCAACAAAGCCUGUAUUAUAUGUAGUAGCUUGGAAUUCCGAAGGUUUGCUAAAAGACGUGACUAGACGCUAUUGUGCACAAUGGCUUACAGUCACACGUAAACAACGAAUUGAUGAAAAAUGGUGGAGUGAAACCUUGUCUUAUUGGAAGGAAAAAAAUACUGCCAUUUCUAGAGCCGAAGAUGAAAUGCUGUUACAAAAGGAAUUAGAGCAACCUUUGCCUAAAACGAUUAGCGAGAUCAAAGGUCAUCCGUUAUAUGUCAUUCAAAGACAUUUACUCAAAUUUGAGGUAUUAUAUCCUCCAGAUUGUGUUCCUCUAGGACAUACUUCUACGGGUGAAGCUAUUUACUCUCGUCACUGUGUACAUACGGCUCGUUCAAGAGAAACUUGGCUUAAACAAGCCAGAGUUGUGAAACCUAAUGAAGAACCUUAUAAAAUAGUCAAAUCUCGUCCAAAAUACGAUAAGCUUUCCGGAUUGAAAAUUAAGGAUUCACCGUUAGAAGUAUUUGGUGAAUGGCAAACUAUGGAAUAUGAACCACCAGUAGCCAAAGAUGGUAUUGUUCCACGAAAUGAGUAUGGAAAUGUCGAUCUGUUCAAACAAUGCAUGCUUCCAAAAGGCACCGUUCAUAUAAAUCUUCCAGGAUUGAAUCGAAUUGCCCGUAAACUUAACAUUGAUUGUGCACCAGCCGUGGUAGGCUUUAAUUUCGGAGGUAUGGGUGCAGUGCCUGCAAUUGAAGGCUACAUCGUUUGUUCUGAGUACGAGGAUACUUUGCGAGAAGCUUGGGAAGCUGAACAAGUUGAAGCAGUUAAACGAAAUAAAGAAAAACAAGAGAAACGAAUUUAUGGAAAUUGGAAGAGACUGAUUCAAGGUUUGCUUAUAAGAGAACGACUGGCAGCAAGAUACGAGUUUUCGCAAGAAACUAAAACAUUAACUAAAAAACGUGCGAAAGAUAAGAAAACGAGCACAAAGAAGACUAAAGUAUUUUAAAUCGUAAAACGAAAUUAUCGGUUUAUUUUGUAAAAACGUUAGUGAUAUUAACAGGAAUGAUACUAUGCACUUAUUAUUACGUUGUAUUACUAUUUAUAAUAUAAACUAAGAAUGAAUUAAAUAUAUAAGAAAUUUUCUAGGAAACUCUUUACUAUAAAGAAUCAUACGAAUUAGAUUCUUAUAAAUUAAAUAUGUAUAAAAUUUUAAUAUAUAUGUGUAUAUACAAUAUGAAGAGAAAUACAUGAAUUUUUCGUUCGGUAUUUUUCAAAUUGUAUUUUCUACAAUUUAUUUAAGUAUUGUUUCAAUAUUUUUCAAAAGCAUUGUAAUUAUUAAGAUCGUUUUGUAGAUUGUUUUGCCAAUUGAUUGAUAUUAAUAUAAUAUAUUAGCGAUAAU